AUGCAGUGGCGCCCAGUCGAGCAACAUGUCCCAAAGGCAAGUUACCACGAGCUCGAUUUUUGUGGGUCCAAAACAAUGAACACGUUUUGCGGGUUGAAUCCUGGUCUGACAAGGCGUACGGUGCACCGCACGAUCAACAGCUGGCAACGCACGUUCAGCCGUUUCCGGUACUAUCGCCAGCUGCUCGCACUCACGGUAUUCACACUGCUUCUGUGGAUGUAUCGAGUGGGGCGUCCUCAAGCUCUUGAUGACGAAAACGAGUUGGCUGGGCGUCUGCAGCCGAGGCUGCCCGGUCUUUUGGCGAAGGCGUUGUCGGCGGGCUCGACUCAGCGGCGCCAUCAAUCCUACUCGCGGUGGCCCCCGGCGCUGCGGCCAAACCUGACGCUGGGAAACGAACUCUUCUUGGACGACGUGACUCGUAACGAGCGGCGCAGGGAAGCGGUGCGUCGAGCGAUGCAACACGCGUGGCGGGGGUAUCGCCAGUACGCCUGGGAUCACGACGAACUGCGUCCGCUCUCGCACAGUUACGAGGACAGCAUGAAUGGAGUCGGCCUGACCCUGAUCGAUGCGUUGGACACACUGUACCUCAUGGGGCUCCAUGAUGAGUUUCGAGACGCUCGAGCUUGGCUUGCGCGUUCCGAGCACCGAUUUGCGAGACCCAAAGCGGAGCCAGUAUCCAUCUUCGAGAUGAAUAUUCGUCUGCUCGGGGGGCUCCUCUCUACCUACCAACUUAGUGGAGACCCGCUCUUCCUCCAGAAGGCUGAAGAACUGGGACAUUUAUUUGCCCAUGCGUUCCUGGGGCGUCCACCGCCUCGCAUGCCACAUCCAUCUUGUCGGUUUCGAGUCCGGAGUCAGCGUACGGGAUCCGAUGACGAGAACGGAACCAUCGUGACCUGUCGAGCUGCGGAACGAGUCGUCCUGAGCGAGUGCGGUACGCUACAACUGGAGUUUCGAGCGCUGGGCGCAGCCACGCGGGACCCUCUGUUAAAAGGACUUGCCGAACGCGCUGACCAGGUUCUGCGCGAUAUUAUCGCGCGAGCUCCGCUCGAUGGCCUGCCAAACAACAUCCUUAGCAGUGCGGAUGGGAGCAGCUUUGUGAACAAGUCCGCCGAAAUCGUACGUUUUGUGAAUUUGGGCGCUGCCGGUGACUCAUACUACGAAUACAUUCUCAAAUCCUACAUUCAACUCGGUCGUACCGAUCCCUUUUGGCGACGUGAAAGCGAUCGCAUCAUCGACGCUUUGGAACGAAUUGUUUUCCGACGCGGCGUUCUGAUCGAGACGCUCGAGUCACCGAGCGACCCAGCGCGUCAGACUGAACGCCAACACCAACUCAAGCAACCGCUGAAGCGCUUUGUGAACGUGAGCUGGCCGGUCGUGCUCUCGAAUAGCGAAGAAAUCCACCAGCCCGAUCAUUUGUCGUGCUUCGCGUCCAGUCUAUUUGUCUUGGCGGUGCCGCCCGAGCAAUGGGACGCCUCCGUUCGAAACGAUCGCGCGGAGCGUCUUCUCCGCUUAGCCGGUGAACAUGCUCGAUUCUGCUUCGAAAUGUAUCUGGUGAAUGCGGGCCUCAGUAGCGAGAGCGUCGAGGUGCAGCCAUCCUCGCCGCAAGACUCGCCUUACGCGGAUCGUCCCCUGGUGCAGAUUCGGAGCUAUGUGCGCGGUUACCAUCAGCGCCCGGAGACUUUGGAGGCGCUGUUUUAUCUCUGGAGAGCGACACAUGACCCCAAAUACCGAGACUGGGGAUGGACAAUAUUCCAGGCCAUGGAAUGGUACACCCGCGUGCCCUCGGGCGGUUACGUUGGUUGUAGAGAUCCAGACAACGGCUGCCGGAUACCGAUCGACAAAAUGGAAAGUUUUCUCUUGGCAGAGACGCUCAAGUACGCGUAUUUACUCUUCUCGGACGAUGCAGCGCUUGACAUCAAGAAUGAAUGGGUUUUCAACACCGAGGCACAUCCACUGCGCAUCAUGAGCGUUUCGAGGGAGCGUUAG